GAGGUAUCCCACAGUGCACCACUGUGAUCACUCUCGACAGCAAUCUGAACUCGGAUGCACUGGCCAGGUAGACAGGAAAAGCCCCGCAAAGUUUUGAAUUUCAUUUCCUGUUUGGCCAGCCUGGAGAGCUCACCAGCAUAGGUGACCACGCAGAGCUUAUCAGCACAGGUAACAAUGCAGUCUCCUGAGAAUCGAAAAAGAACUCCAGCAUGGCCCGCACGGGAGCUACUGGAUCUGAUCGCUAUAUGGGGAGAGGAUUCUGUGCUAACAGAACUCUGUUCCAAAAGACGAAAUGAAAAAAUAUUUGAAAAAAUUUCCAAGGCUAUGAUGGAGAAAGGCCACACCAGGGACUCAGCACAGUGCAGAGUGAAAGUUAAGGAGCUCAGAGAAGCCUACCAGAAAACCAAAGAAGCAAACGGAAGGUCCGGGGCAGGGCCGAAAACAUGCUGCUUCUAUGCUGAGCUGCAUGCGAUUAUAGGGGGGUCCGCCACCACUACCCCACCCCUGUCCAUGGAUUCCGAGGUGGGGGUGGUAAUCUCAGCCAUGGCUGAGGAUUCUGCGGAUGGGGAAGAUGAGGAGGAGGAAGAGGAGGACGAGCUUGCAGACAGCACACAGCACUCCGUUCUCCCCAACAGCCAGGAGCUUUUUCUCACCCAGAUGGAAUUACCCUCCCAAGCCAGUAGCCCAGACAGUGAAGCCAUGGAAGCGACCUCUGCUGCAAAUUUUUCAAGCCUCCCUACUCCAUCCCGAAGGCUAUCUCAGAUAAGGCGGAGGAAAAAGAAGACGUGAGACGAAAUGUUCUCGGAAAUGAUGGAAGUAACCCGCAAUAAAAGAGCUUAUCUGAAUGAGUGGAAGGACGUGGUAUCAAAUUACAGGAAAGAUGCCAGUGAACGUGAGGACAGGAGGGACCAACAUGAGGAUAGGAGGGACGAACGUGAGGAGAGGAGAGAAGCUCGAGAUGCGAGGUGGCAGCAGGAAGAUCAGAGGUGUAAGCAGGAAGAUCAGCAGUGGCGGGAUGCAACACUGGGGCUGCUGCGUGAUCAAACUGACAUCCUCCGACGUCUGGUGGAGCUUCAGGAACAGCAGCAGGGUCACAGAGUGCCACUGCAGCCGCUGUGUAACCACCCUCACCACUCACCAUGUUCCAUAUCUUCCUCACCCAGACAUGUAAGAACGCAUGGGGGAAGGCUUCGUGCACCCGCCCACUCCACCCCCGUGGACAGCCCAACCAAAAGGCUGUCAUUACUUUGAAAUAUUUUUAGUGACCUUUUCCUUCCCUCCUAUCCUCCU